AACCCGGCCGACGGCCCACACCGGCAGGAGUGAGCGCCGGUCCGCACCCGACCGGCGCCGGAGCCGAGCGGAGCCGGAAGCGCAGGCCACGCAGGGACCCAACUGAAACAAAGUGUGGGCUGCCGGCUGCACGGCGCCUCAACGGCCUUGCCCCACGCCCCCAGCUCCACCGCCCACCAUGGCCUCCGAGGAGCUGUACGAGGUUGAAAGAAUCGUUGACAAAAGGAAGAACAAAAAAGGGAAGACAGAAUAUUUGGUCCGGUGGAAGGGCUACGACAGCGAGGACGACACCUGGGAACCAGAGCAGAACCUGGUAAACUGCGAGGAGUACAUCCACGACUUCAAUAGGUGCCACACCGAGAAGCAGAGGGAGGGCCCCUUCACCAGGGCCAACCGGGCCUCCCCGAACAACGCUAGGAAGCAGAUUUCCAGGUCCACCAACAGCGGCUUUUCCAAGGCCUCUCCUGAAUCGCUAGUGGUUGGCAAAGAGCAGGAGCCCAAGGCCAGCCCGCUGUUUGCCGCCAGCCAGAAGUUCAGGAAGGACCCAGCCCCGUCCCUCUUGAACCGGAAGAACAUGGACCUGGCCAAGUCAGGUAUAAAGAUCCUCGUGCCCAAGAGCCCCAUCAAGAGCAGGAGCGCGGUGGACGGCUUUCAGAGCGAGAGCCCCGAGAAACUGGACCCCGUCGAGCAGGGGCAGGAGGACACGGUGGUGCCGGAGGUGGCGGCCAAAAAGCCGGUAGGAGCUCUGCUGGGCCCCGUUGCCGAGUGUGCGCAGAUGGGGAGCCGGCCCCUGAUACACCCGCUGGUGCCACAGGUGUCCGGCCCUGUGACCGCGGCUAUGGCCACGGGGCUAGCCGUGAACGGGAAAGGUUCCUCCCCAUUCAUGGACGUGCUGACGGCCAACGGGAUGACCAGCCUGCAGACGUCAGUCACGGGCGUGACGGCCGGGAAGAGGAAAUUCAUCGAUGACAGACAAAACCAGCCCUUCGACAAGCGACUGCGUUUCAGCGUGAGGCAGCCGGAAAGCGCCUACAGGUACAGGGACAUCGUCGUCCGGAAGCAGGACGGCUUCACCCACAUCCUGCUGUUCACGAAGUCAUCCGAGAACAACUCUCUCAACCCAGAGGUGAUGAAGGAAGUGCAGAGCGCCCUGAGCACGGCCGCUGCCGACGACAGCAAGCUGGUGCUGUUCAGCGCCGUGGGCAGCGUCUUCUGCUGCGGCCUUGACUUCAUCUACUUCAUUCGGCGCCUGACCAACGACUGGAAGAGAGAAAGCACGAAGAUGGCCGAGGCCAUCAGAAACUUUGUGAAUACUUUCAUUCAGUUUAAGAAGCUUAUUAUUGUAGCCGUAAACGGCCCAGCCAUUGGACUAGGAGCGUCCAUCCUGGCUCUCUGUGACGUGGUUUGGGCCAAUGAGAAGGCUUGGUUCCAAACACCCUACACUGCCUUUGGACAGAGUCCAGAUGGCUGUUCCACCGUGAUGUUUCCCAAGAUUAUGGGAGGAGCAUCUGCGAAUGAAAUGCUGCUCAGCGGACGGAAGCUGACGGCGCAGGAGGCGUGCGGCAAGGGCCUGGUCUCCCAGGUGUUCUGCCCCGGGACCUUCACCCAGGAAGUCAUGGUCCGCGUUAAGGAGCUCGCCUCCUGUAACCCGGUCGUGCUCGAGGAAUCCAAGGCCCUGGUGCGCUGCAACAUGAAGCUGGAGCUGGAGCAGGCCAACGAGCGAGAGUGCAAGGUGCUGAAGAAGAUCUGGGGCUCGGCCCAGGGCAUGGACUCCAUGUUCAAGUACCUGCAGUGGAAGAUCGACGAGUUCUGAUGGCCGGGCUGCCCCAGACGACCCUGUAGUCGCAUCGCGCAGGCCGGCUGGGGCUCCCUGGGGUGCGGACCCACCCUCACAGCCUGAAACAGGUUCACGUGGAGCUCACUCUUGGAAGCAGGACUUAAAACAGCCAAGCUAUUUGUUACCAAGGAGUCUUUAAGUACUGUAACUUUAAAUAACUACAAAGCUUGUCCAAACGUCAUUAUUUUAUACUUAAUACACACACAGGUAUAAAAGUAUAAUUGUGAGCUCUGGGCUGCUCUUUGAGGCUCUACUUUUUGUUAUCUUUGGCUAGUACUGUAUAAAAAAGGAGUGUGUUUUCCUGGUUUGGGUGUCAGAAAAGUCUGGAAUAAUGUUUGUUUUCCUUGUUUUUUCCUUCUAGAAAACAGAAUCUAAAGAGGUGUUAGCCCGCCUUGCCCCCCCACCCCCACCCCAAAUAGAAAUACGGAAAGAUCUGAGGCAUGCCCUUGUCUCCAGGAAGGUACAAAACGUCAGAGAUGGAAACUUCUCAAUCGAAAGGAAGACUUAUUCUUUUAGGUUAAGUAUUUCUGAUUAAACACCCACUGCUGAAUAUACCCCCAGACUAAAACACUCCUAGGAUUCAUGCUGAGAAAUCAGUUGAUUCUGCCUUCUUUCUUAAAUAUGUCCGAUUCUUACCCAGUUAACAGGAAGAAACCACUCUCUCUCUAGGGGAAAGCUUGUUUUGCAGUGUUAGCAAAUCACUGAAUAGCUAAGUAUGAUCUCUAAGUUAUAGGGGGUUUAUAAUUAGUUUUUCUGACCCAUUUGAAAAAAUAACUAUAUAAGUGCUUCUUGUUACUGGGUGAGAACUACUUUAUAUACAGUUUUGGUUUUCUAUUUGCAGAUAUGAUUGAUGUAUUACACCAAAAAUAAAGUAUUUUUAUGUUUAUAAAGUGUAAUUUUUCGGUUCACUUAGAAUAUAUUUUAUUUAAUAAGUUAAAAUUCUUUUGGCACACUAUUAAAUGCAGAAACUCCUUUUUAAGAUAAAAAACUACCUUAU